AUGUCUAUCGUUCUCAUUCUCAUUCUCCUGUUCAUUGCAUCCAUGGCCCCGUCUCUAUCCCAGACCGAUAUUAUCAGAUUCGUGAUCGGAGCCCUUUUCGGCGGCCUCUUGAACAGUGGCAUAAACGCAGCUUGGUCAGUCUGCUAUCUAGCCAAUAACGACUAUUGGAUGCAGCGUGUGCGAGAGGAGAUCGAUGAAGUCGCGGAGCGUCACUGCCGAGACCAUUCUCUCCCACUGAAGGAUCGCCUCAUGAGAGUACCAAUAGAAGCCUGGGAGACUGAAUUUCCUAUGAUCGAUCUGUGUCUGAAGGAGUCGAUUAGGUUGCAGCUCAAAGGGACUGAUUUUCGCCAAAAUCUCACCAACCAAGAGAUUGCCAUCAACAAGCGAGGAGAGGUCAUCCCGCCAGGUGCCUACGUUGCGAUUGCCACGGCUGAUAUUCAUUACGAUCCGAACAUCUAUCCUGAACCUGAACGCUUUGAUCCUGGGAGAUACUUGCCAGACAGAGCCGAGGACAAGAAAGAGCAAUAUGGCUGGAUGGCCUGCUUUUCCCAUUUUGAGAAUGUGCCAAUAUAUCACAGGUCUGGCUCGACACCCCUUGCCGACCAAACGGGUCAGCCAAAGGCAGAGGUCUCACGCACAGAUCUGAACCGCCACAGCGCGAGCAAGCCAGAGACGCACAUGUUUCUGAGGUACCAAGUACGGCAGGACUAG